AUGUCCACCCCUCAAGUGCCACAGCCCACCGUCCCCAAAAACGCUGCCUGUGCAGUCGACGCACCUGUCUCUCAGCAGCCUCGGGGAAGAAGCAUGAUGUCGCCCAUGGGCAUUGACGAUUCUCUUACCAGCAACGGGCAGGCUAAGACGUCCAGUGAAGAUCCCUUGAGAGUCAGGGGUGGCGCAGGGCCCUGCUGUUCCCUGUUGGGUCUCUGUCUGUGUUGCUGUGCUUUGGAAGACGUCUGUUGCUGUGGGCUCGAAGAAUGCUGUUAG